AUGAAGAAGACAGAUUUCGAACUCAACCCUCCAUUGAAGACAUCGUGCCCUUUAAAACUUUCCACGGUCGUCAACCUCGUUGGACUCGUCGAAGCUACACCCAUUGCCAUCGUUGAAAAUGCACAGUUUCGGCAUAAUUACAGAAACGUGGAGGCGACUUCUAGUAAAGAUGAGGAAGAUGAGGAGUUUUACUCUCCCAAAGAAUUGUUAAAUGGCAACGAAAGCUCUAUUGGUACUGAAUCAGCUUCUAAGAGGGCUUUUGUAGCUGUAGAGGUGGGAAAUUUUAAUGGGUCUGCUACAAAUUCUUCGUCCACUUACUCUUCAUGGGUAACUGGUUCCGAGUUCGCAUAUCUAAUUCAAUCCGUUUCGUUGAGCAUUUCUUCGACGAUUAGUUUAAGCCCGAGAAAUUCAAUGCUCAAGUCACCAGACUUGAUCGAGAUUCAGAUGGCUACGACGCUGAUGCAAACGACAAUGGCUUUAAAGCCUGCUCCCAAUGGUUUGGUGCUUAGGGAAUCUCGGUCGCCUUCGCUGUCGAGUUCAUCAUCGUCGGAGAUAAUGACAUCGGAGCUUGCUCCCAGUCAGGGAUGGAUCCAGGAUCGAGAAAUCUCUGAUAAUCGUUCAAUGGCUGAAUCAAAAUCCGGCCCAGAAAAAGAAGUGAAAGCGCCCAAUGUAUUUGAGAGGGCAAAGGAAGAGAUUGCGGCGGUUUUUCACCAUGAGAAACACUCGAAUCACCAUCACAAGGAAACUCAUGGACUGCGUAAUGACCUCGAUGAGAAUACAUCUAUGGGUGAUGUUAAGGCUCCAAAUGCAUUUGAAAGAGCAAAGGAGGAAAUUGAGGCCAUUGUGGAGGCAAUUCGUCAUAAGAAGGAAUCAAAAAGCCACGGUUCAUCUUCAUAUAGUGAAAAGAGAAAUUCUGACUCGGUGGAUCAUUUGGAAUCGAAGAAACCGGACUUUUCUUCAGAGAAGGAUGUGAAGGCACCAAAUUUUAUUGAACAGAAGAAGGAAGACAUAGAGUCACUGAUGCACAAAGGGAAGUCGCCACACCAUCAUCAUAAAGAAACUCAUGGAAGGAGUGACGAUAUUGAUGAGAGUACCCCAAUCAGCAAAGUUAAAGGCCCAAAUGUGCUUGAACGAGCAAAGGAAGAAAUUGAGGCUCUUAUUGGGACAAUUCACCCAAAGAAGGAUUCUGAUAAUGCUGUGUCCUCACCAAAGAAGGAAGUUGCAGUUUAG